GUGAUAUUUUCUAUUCUGCGGUUUGGUUAUACAUUUCUGUUGUUUUUGUUGCUACUAAGGGUUUUCUCUCGUCUCCCUAUGAGGAUUGAGGAGGAAAGAAAAAGUUGGUGAGUUUGGGAGAGAAGAAAUACGAUGGAAAGGAAUAAUUUUUUUCUUAAAAUUGUGUGGGUUUCACACCUUCGCCAUUCGAUUCACAUAUUUAUUCUCUAUUUCUUUUUCGCUCCACCAAAUCCACUUUAAGUGUUAAUUUUUAGUUUAAAUAUGCUUUUAGUCCCUCAAGAUGUGUUUUUAAGUCCUCAAAUUAAGAUGUCUUUUUAAGUCUCUCAGAAUUUCCAAAAUAUUUUUUCAGUCAUCUCUGACUAAUUUUUGGCGGUUUUGAUGCACAAUACAAUUUGUGGCGGGUUUUUUUAUUACAGUAAGGACUAAAAAAAACAUUUCGUGAAUGUGAGGGACUAAGAAAAAUGCAAAUUUUAAUUUAAGGGACUAAAAAAGUCAGACCCCUAAAUUUGAGGGACUAAAAACAUAUUUAAGCCUAAUUUUCCUUUCCAGAUUCUAAGCAGAUUCUAAGUUUGAAGUAGACUCUAAGUUCAAAGUGUUAUUAUAUUUCUGUGAAACAUCAAUGAGACUCUCUUGUUUUGAUUUGCAUAUGUGCUUAUUUUGGCUCUGAAUGAUUGCAAGUUGCCGCUGUGUUGUCAUUGUGUUGUUUCUAACUUGUAAGAAUUUGGUACUGGGCAGUCCAUCUUGUUUUUGAGAUUGUUGAGUGUGGAAGCUUUGCAUUAAGUUGAAGGCUUUAGGCACAUCACACAAUCACCUUUACUUAUUAGCAUAGCAGAUAAAAAGAAGGCAGUGUUUGUGGACUACGAAAGUGAAAAUGUGAGUUGAGAGGAAAGGUAGAAGGUGACAGGGACGUAGAAAAGGUUAAUGCAUUUGUUUGACAUAUUAUUUUUUAUCGAAAAAUGUUAGUUCGUUAGAAUGUUAGUUUUGUUAGCAGAGGGAAUCAAACCCAUAGCCUUUCCCCUCUUCCUUUCUCCCUUAAUCAUCCAACCAACCUUAUAUCUCCUUUAUUACAAAUUUAUGAAUUACAAUUAGGUCUUAGGAAUUUAGGACUACCACAAUGUUAUGAUAGCUGAACAGAAAAAGCCUUUUCUCACUAAGUUUUAUAUUGUAAUAAUUUUAAUACACACACAUAUGCCAUAAAAGCUAGGACAAGAUUAGGGCACUUUGGUAAAGGCACAGAUGGAGAGAUACCUCUAAACUUUCUUUGUUAUGGUCAAAAGGAUGAUUGGUUAAAACUAUACUGUCUUACUUAGAUAGUUUUAGCUUUCAAAGUACUUUGUUAUCAUGGUAGUAGGAAAUAUAUCAUGACCAAAGUAAGGUAUUUUAUAAUACAUAUGGGCUAGGUUUCACUAAGUACUUGAUGUGGGAAUACAAACUAAUGCACAAUAGAUAUGUCGAUCUGCAGCCAACUUCAUUAAGUUGGACAAUAAUCACUGAGUAUAAGAAAUGGACAGAGCAUGGCUAUUCACAGACUGCUAGAUCAAUUGUCAGAAUUUGGGUGCUUUAGGCUGGUUUGUUGUUGUGUUUAAGUGGCAUUUGAUCUCUAACUGAGGCACUGUUUUAAAUUUUCAUGGUAUUUUGAAACAUGACUUUGUCUUAAUGCUUUUCAAACUGUUCAAGUUAAGCAUUAAAAUUCAGCACAUACAUAAUGAGUUGUAUAGGUGACUCAUAUAUUAGUGCUAUUUAUCUCUAAUUUAGGAGAUGAUUCCUCUUAUAAUCAAUACUGUACAUAAUACAUAAGUAUAUGUACUUGUAUAGACUGAUCAGUCACACAAACAAAAUCUCUUCUAAUUCUAUAUAACAUCAGUGGUUCAGUUAUCCUUUACAUCACUGUGCUUUGCCAGUGGUUUUGUUGUUCUAUUCCCAUGCAAACAACUAUUACCUUUUUGGAAAAACCAUCUAUUCCCAGUGCCCAUAAAUCAGUGGAAGAACCCACCAAACAAGUCCAACCAUUGACAACUCACCUGUCACCGCCUCCAGCCCAAAAGUACAUUCUCAGGCCUGCCGUCCAUUUUUUUUUUUCAUUUUCUCGUGCACUGACAGUCUGACAUGUGUUAGCAUAAUCACAUGCAUUCUGUACGUUGGGAUUCUGACAUUAAUUAACUUGGUCAUAAGUAACUCAUGCCACUAUUUUUACACUCCACAGCAACCAUUGCUGACAACACACAUAUGCACUCAGACAUAAAUUGAGGAAUGGAGAGGGAAAAAGAGCGAGAGGUGCUCAUGUAAGGAAGGGAACUGAGGGUCACUAAACUUUCAAUUUGGGUGGGAAAUCUAAUACUGUUUCUUUUCUUUUACAGAUAAAAACUCCUUGUUUAUGUUGCUUGGUUUCGUAUGGUAGUAAUGCUACAAGUUUCCUGCCAGAUUUACUCUGAUUUGAGUUUGAAGAACUUUUGAUUUUGACCUUAUAUUCAGUCAUGCUAUUACUAUACUGAUCUGAACUAAAGAAAAUUUGGAUUUUAAACUGAAAGGUAUAGAUUCUUGCUUGCCUUGGUUUGUGAUUUGUCAUGAUUAUUUUUCAAGAGAUUUGAUGUAUGAAUCUAAAUUUUGAUGGAGGAAAGGUUUCUUUUCUUGUAAUAAAUGAAGAAGCCUAAAUGUUUUUGAUUGGUUGAAAAUUGGAGUUUUAUCAGCUACACCCAUGAACUCUUCUGAGGCAAACUCAUGGUUCCUUUCUACAUAUUUUUUCUACUGUUCUGAUAUGGAAACUCACCACAUGAUUUAUACUCAAACACAAGAGGUGCUAUGGCGGUUUUUUUGCCAACUGCCAUAGGCAAUUUGUGAAGGGAGGUCCGCUAUGGUGCUGCCAUAGGCUGUAAUGGCGUGCUUAUAUGGAGGAAUUUCGGCCUUCCGUUGUGUUCUGCCAUCCGUCAUUGAUAACAUUGCUUGGUCUCCUGCUUCUAGAUAACUCUCUUCCAUAAUGAAUUCAGAUUUAUAAGAAAAAAAAUCACUGCAUUUGGCUAAGAAAAAAGAAGGCAGAUAAGUUAGGGUUAUUGAGGAUAUAAGGGUCCAGUUUCAUAAAUGCUAAGUUCUGUAUGUAAUCAUUUUUUGAUUAGGGAUUGUGUUUUGAGAGACUUGUACCCGGUAGGUAGAGUUUUUGAAACAUUUUUACCUCUAGGUAGAAUGUAUAUUAACAUACCCAACUAACUACUUCAAUGUAAAUAUUGGUACACGAAAAUGAUGUAAAAGUUGUUUAAAACAUGUAACAGUCCCUGAUGUGGCUGCUGUACAAGUUCUUCAUGUUUAAACCUUAAACUUUUGGCUUUUGACAGCUAUGUAGUUUGGAUUGUCAUUAUCUUUCAUAUAUUUGUAAGGGACACCUUAUCAUUGAAUAGCCAUAGACAUUGGACUAUGACUAAUUGGAAUGUGCCAGCCUUUUAUAUGAUAGAUUAUCUUACAUGAAGAAUUUCACAACAUAUUUGGCAUGUUUCCAUAAAUCUUUACAUAUAUGGAGACAGGACUGUGACAUAUUUGUACACAGCAUGAGGAAGUAAGCACGCCAAGAGUAGAAAAUGCUGAAUGAUUUGAGAUGCAUUUUCAUUGUUAUGAACUUGGUCUGCUAACUUUAAAUAAUUAGUAAACUUGUUUUAAAGAUAAAAUUUACUGGUAAAAUAUUGAUGUGGGCAUGUUACUUGACUCCUCUGAAGGUAAGUUCUUACCACUUGAUUAGCUUAUCAUUAAUACUUGAUUAUUAUCUCUUUAUGUAAUUAGUUUAUUUACCUACUCCGUAUUAAAAUUUUAAUAAGAUAAUUGCUUUAUGAUCCGUAUUUAUUAUAUAUUUUUGUGUUUCAUAAGUAGCAAGUUUCUUUUGUAAUCAAAGUCAAAUGAUUGGUUAAUGUGCAUUUCUUUCAUAUCUUUGCUUUUAGGACACUGCUCAUGUUUAGUUACUCUUAAAUAGAAUAGGUACUAUAUCUGGAAUUGUGUAGAUAGUGUAUCUAGCAGAUACACUAGUAGAGACCAGUGUUAUUAAAAAGCAGCCAUGGCAGAAUGGCGUCGUGGAAUUUCGAAAAAACGUCACCAAAUAGCGGUGGCGUUGCGCGUUGCGUAUGGCGGCCACCAUAGCCAUGGCGGUCAUGGCGGAAUUGCGUUAAUGGCGGAAUAGCGGGUUUUUUUUUUUAAAACGUGCGCAAUAGGGGUUGGGCUGACCUGACCCAACCCUACCUGAGUUUCUCCUGCAAAAGGAAACUCGGAGCGCGAGAACGAAGCCACAAACAGAACAGCACAACAGUCUUCAGCGGUGCGACCAGCAGCAGUCUCCAGGGCAUGAACGGCGGCGACGACGAUGCACACGACACCCGCACACGACGUUCUCGAGUGCGACGACGGCAGCCGGCCAGCAGCACGACGCACGCGAGAGACCCGAGCAAGACGCACGCGAGAGAGAGGACGCAGAUGACCGAGCGACGUCGACAGUGUUCUGGUUGUGAUGGAAGCUGUUAAUAAGCCUCGGAAUAUUACAUAUAAAGGAUUAACUGACUUAGUGACUGAGACAGAUAAAAUGAGUGAAGCUGCCAUAUUAGAAGUGGUGAAAAAGAAUUUUGAAGAUCAUCUUAUUCUUGGGGAAGAAGGAGGAGUUAUAGGAGAUGCAGCAUCUGAUUAUCUCUGGUGCAUUGAUCCUCUAGAUGGAACAACAAACUUUGCUCAUGGUUAUCCCAGCUUUGCUGUUUCUGUUGGAGUUCUAUAUCGAGGGAAUCCUGCAGCUGCUGCAGUGGUUGAGUUUGUUGGAGGUUCAAUGUGUUGGAAUACCCGCCUUUUCUCUGCAACUGCAGGUGGUGGGGCAUUCUGCAAUGGCCAAAGGAUCCAAGUGAGUGCAACUAAUCAGGUGGAACGAUCUCUUCUAGUGACAGGCUUUGGGUAUGAUCAUGAUGAUGCAUGGGCUACGAACAUAGACUUAUUCAAAGAAUUUACGGAUGUCAGCAGGGGUGUAAGACGACUUGGCGCAGCUGCCGUGGACAUGUGUCAUGUUGCAUUGGGAAUUGUAGAAGCUUAUUGGGAAUAUCGUCUAAAGCCAUGGGAUAUGGCUGCUGGUGUUUUGAUGGUUGAGGAAGCUGGUGGCACAGUUUCUCGGAUGGAUGGAGGAAAGUUUUGUGUUUUUGAUAGAUCUGUUUUGGUUUCAAAUGGUCAGCUCCAUGCAAAGCUUCUGGAGAGAAUUGGACCUGCAACAGAGAAACUAAAAAACAAGGGAAUUGAUUUCUCAUUGUGGUAUAAACCGGAGAACUACAGGGCUGACGUUUAAGGCACCAAGAAUUGCUUUUGUUCAUGGACACUGCUAACAGCUAGCAGAUGAUAUUUUUCUUCUUCUUUGGAUUUGUACAAAUCUGCUUGUCAUAGUUAUAAAUUACAUUUGUGAAAUUUUUUACCCGAUUACGAUAAUUACAGUUUGUUCAACAUUUGUGAGAGCCACAAAAUUUGGACAUUGAAAUAUUUACAAUAUCUUAUACACGUGAGGCGAUUUUUUAAAGUAA